AUGGAUUUCUAUGUUGGAGAUACAUCACAUAAUGAUGCUGAAAAUUCAUCAUCGUCUUCUUCAGAUAUUGAUGAUUAUAUUUCAGAUGAUAAUGAGUUUGUAGUGGAAACACAAGCAGUUCAUCAACAAUUUCUUAGAAAAAAGAUGGUUUUGCAGCAAAUACAAGAUCAACAUCGAGUUUCUAGAGGUGGCUCUGUUCUAGGUCAUGUUGUAAUCAAUCGAGAUCGUGAAGCGGCUGAUCGUAAUUUAUUUCUGGAUUAUUUUUCAGAUAAUCCACGUUUCAAUGAUGUAAUGUUUCGUCGACGAUAUAGAAUGUCUCGAAAUUUAUUUCUUCGUAUUGUCGAUGCAAUAAAAGCACAUGAUACAUACUUUGAACAACAAAGAGAUGCAGUAGGUAAAAUUGGAUUAUCUACUCUUCAAAAAAUCACAUCUGUGUUUCGAAUGCUAGCGUAUGGUUUGCCGGCGGAUGGUACAGACGAAUAUGUGAAAAUUGGGGAGUCCACUGCAAUUGAAAGUCUAAAGAGAUUUUGUCGAGCUAUUGUUGAGGUUUUUAGUGAGCAGUAUCUGAGAUCACCAACUGCCGAGGAUGUUGCAAGGCUUCUUUAUAUUGGUGAGCAACGUGGCUUUCCUGGAAUGUUAGGUAUUGCUCCUCCUGCUCAUUAUAUUAUUCAAGGAAACGUAUAUAAUACGGGUUAUUAUUUAGCUGAUGGUAUAUAUCCGAAAUGGUCAACUAUUGUGCAAACUAUUCGUGAACCACAAACAAGGAAGAAGAAGUAUUUUGCAAUGAAACAAGAAUCAUGUCGAAAAGAUGUUGAACGUGCUUUCGGAGUGUUACAGUCACGUUUUGCAAUCGUUGCAGGGCCAUCACUUUUUUGGAAAAAAAAAGUGUUGCAUGAUAUUUUAACUACAUGUAUUAUCAUGCAUAAUAUGAUAAUCGAGGAUGAACGUGAUCUUAGUGCACCUAUUGAAGACGGUAGAGAAUUUUCAGCUCCAACUGUUGAAAUGGCUGUCGAUGAAACUACUCGAUUUCAACAAUUUUUAGCUCGACAUAAAAAAAUUAAGGAUAAAGAUACUCAUUUUGCACUUCGUAAUACAUUAAUAGAACAUUUGUGGGAGCAAUAUACAAAUUUAAAUGAUCAUAUAAAUUAG